UAUCAUCUGUUUGAACAGUUUCUGUGCCAUGUUGUCUGCUUGUGGGUAAGUAGGAUGCUGAACCAUGUUGAUGACUGAACCUAUCUUAGUUACCAUGGAUUGGAUCAGUUGGAUUCAGUCUCCCAUUUGGUUCGAUUUCAGUAUCUGAUUGAACACCGCAUGAGUGUGCGUAUUAAUGAUGAUGAAACCAAGGACAAUGCUACCACAGAUGAUCUGUCGAUUGUGGCUACCCUGAUGUGCGAAUUCAUGGCAGCCACUUGUCAGUUUGUUCAGUUUGGGUACGAUUAUUACAAGUUUGUGUGUGGUAUGGAUGAACAGCAUAAAUCACAAGAGAAAUCAUGCUUGAUUCCUGUCUGUUCAUUUCAGCCAAAUUCACCUGAAGUCAUGACAGGUCAAAAACGUGUGACAACAGAAGAGCGUACGACUUUGGAUUUCUCGAAUGACAACCAGCCUGAAAAGCGACCGAGAUUAGAAGAACAAGACAGAGGACAAGGACUGGACUCGUAUUGUAUUCGAGGCGUAGAUGAAGCAUUACAAGUCUUGAGUCAAGCAGCUGAUUGUCUUCGUCAUGUGGUUGAAUUAUGGCAAUGGGCUUCUACGACCAUUUCACAAAAAUCACUGGUGGAUCAUUUAGGAGGAUGGGAACAAGAAUUAUGCCGUGUGAUUGAUGGUUAUCGAUUACCGUUUGAUAUGCAUAAUGCAGUCCUACUUGUUCGAAGUGAUUUGGCUUUAUCUUCUCCUUCUAUACCUGGUAAUUUAGCAAAAGCACUUGAGUUAUCACAGACUAUCUGUGAUCGUAUUGAAGUACAACGUCGACAAGAAAAGACAGACAAACCUUCUGCUGAGAUGGACAUUCCAUUCAUGUUUGCUUUCCGUGUCUUAUACAAUAUUGGUGUGAUCUAUUUACUGGUAGGCAGUCUUCAGCAAUCCACAUUGGAAAUUGCUAUCAUUUUAUCUGUGUUUCCUAUUCCUAAUGGAUUGGACGAAAAGGAUUUCGUGAUGGAUGAAGCUGAUUGUUGUACAGUAGCCAAUGUGUUUGAUGGAAGAGAAUUUGGUCUGAUGAGAGUGACUCAAGAAGGCCUGGUGGUGCGUUGUAUUAAGCAUUUGAUUGUAAGUCUCGAUAAUGAAUCAGAACAGCGUGGUGGUAUGGCCUCUAUUGAUUCUGCCCUUCGUUGGGAUGAAAAGGCAGGCAACAUGAUUGUGUUGAUGCAGUAUGGUUGGCCUUAUUGGAAAGAUAGAACAAAUUUAUGGCAUAAAGUCAUGCACCGUAUUAAUGAAAAACGACUAUUUAAAAAUAGAGAAUUCUUAGAGUAUUUGUAUAUCUCUGAUGUGCUACAAGCCAUUCGCCAUCUUCACUUGAUGGGCACAGUGACAAUGGACAUCAUUCCGCCUGAAUUUGCCUUAAGAAACAGUUAUCGCCAUUUGGUCACUUCAGAACAUCCUUCUUCUGCACCUUCUUCACCACAACAAAAACCUCAAGAAGAAGAAGAACCAGAAGAUAAGACCAAGACACUUUCGUUAUACCAUCCUUCAUUUGCCAACAGCAUUUUACCAAGCACAAGUAUGUCACCUUCUUGGUAUUCUGCAUCCACACAAAAGAACUCGUUUGCCAAAUGGAUGUCACCUUCUUUUUAUUACAGUCGUCCUGCAACAUCUGUCAUUUUGCCCGGUCAACAACCAUCGACACAAGAAGCCACACCUUCUCCUCCUACAACAAAAGGCUCAUUUAUACCAAGAGACAUUGUCACCCGAUGCUUAGAAUACAGAAUCACAAAAUAUUCACCUAAAAUUACACCACAACGUAUGCGUCAUGUAUUGCAACGGUUUCUUAAAAACAUGGUAUUGAAAGCAAAUGAAGAAAGUUAGCAUCCAAUGUCAUAAAAAAAAGGGGGGGAGAACGCAUAACCUAUAUAAAAUAAAAUAAAGAUGGAAUUACCGAAAAUGUUACUUGAC